AUGCUCAACGACUCCAACUCAACAGCCAACCUCUCAGACCUGGCGCUCGACCCCGACCUCCCAGAAAGCCCCUACAGCCUGGCCCAAACGAUCGUCAUCGCAAUCAUCGGUAGCGUCCUCUCCGUUCUAACCGUCGUGGGCAACUCGAUGGUCAUGAUCAGCAUCAAGAUCGACAAACAACUGCAAACAAUCAGUAACUAUUUUCUCUUCUCACUUGCGGUCGCAGACUUCGCUGUCGGCUUGAUAUCCAUGCCGCUCUUCACAAUGUUUACAAUAUUCGGGUAUUGGCCACUCGGGCCGCAUGUAUGCGACACUUGGUUGGCACUCGACUAUCUAGCGUCAAACGCUUCGGUGUUGAAUCUGCUUAUAAUAAGUUUCGAUAGAUACUUUAGUGUGACUCGCCCGUUGACGUACAGGGCUAAAAGGACUACUCGUCGUGCGAAAGUUAUGAUAGGUGGUGCGUGGGGUUUUAGUUUAGUGUUGUGGCCUCCGUGGAUUUAUGCGUGGCCGUACAUUGACGGUGAGCGAAAGGUCCCCCCGCACGAGUGCUAUAUUCAGUUCAUAGAGACAAACCAGUUUAUUACCUUCGGGACUGCUAUCGCGGCAUUCUACGUGCCAGUGACAGUGAUGUGUAUAUUGUAUUACAAGAUAUGGAGGGAAACGAAGAAAAGGCAAAAGGACCUGCCUAAUCUACAAGGCGGGAAAAAGCAUGACUCCUCGAAAAGAUCUAAUUCAAGUGACGAAACGCGUGAAGUAGACGGGCGGGCGCGAUCGGAGUCUGGGGAUGCAGACUCGGUGUAUCACGUUCGAGGUGCUUUACACGACCAGCGCUGGCGAGACAAUCAGGGUACAAAUUUGCAAGGAACUCGGAGAGGUUGGAAAGCGAUACAAGCCUGGUGUAUAGCCUGGUGGCACUCUGGACGAGAAGAUCUUGAGGACACCGAGGCAGAGGAAGAACAAUCAGACCCUGGCUAUGCAACGCCGGUGUCUGUAGAAACGCCUCUGCAAAGUUCUGUGUCCAGGUGUACAUCGCUUAACGUUAUAAGAGAUCCGUUCGCAGCGCGCGGUGGAUCCGGUGGUUCGACAGCUGGCGAUGGAGGCACGUCACCUCUCCGUAGAAACUUCGAGAAUCCUACAGCUCCCAUACCAGCAGCAAGGGACAGUCGCUCACUGCCGCCUAACACCAGAAUUAACACCGCCGCUUCACCAGCUCCUAAAUCGGCAUCAGCUGAUUCAGUGUACACUAUCCUCAUAAGAUUACCAGAUGCGGACACGGAGAGGCCUAGCAUUAAAAUGAUAACAGAAGAGUCACCACCGUCUAAUGCGAGAACCCAAUAUCGACCACCAACUAGAGGCGAUUCUGAAUUCAACCUCCACCCGGGUGGUCAUGCUGCGUUGACAAGAAGAACAUCACAUAUACAGGAUGUUAGAAUUCCUCUAAAUGCUAAAAUAAUUCCCAAACAGCUUGCUGGUAAGGGAAUUACUUCAAAGCAACCUAAAAAGAAGAAAACUCAGGAAAAGAAGCAAGAGACAAAAGCGGCUAAAACUUUAUCCGCUAUCCUCUUAUCCUUCAUCAUAACCUGGACGCCUUAUAACAUUCUCGUGUUAUUAAAACCUCUUACAGCGUGCACUAAAUGUAUCCCAGACGAACUUUGGUCUUUCUUUUACGCGCUAUGUUAUAUUAAUUCUACUAUAAAUCCAGUCUGUUACGCUCUAUGUAACGCAACAUUUAGAAGAACGUAUGUCAGGAUUUUAACGUGUAAAUGGCACAACAGGAAUCGAGAAGCUAUGACUAGAGGCAUGUACAAUUAA